AGUAUCUGUACACAGAAAUCUGCGAGCCUCAUUUUCUCUCCACCAAGAUGAAGUGGAAGCAGGAGCAACAGCAUCUCUUUGAACAUCUUUAAACUGUUGCCUCUCCUUCUGAUACUUCCUUUUACUCUGUCACACCCAAAUUAAACUCGCAAGUUUCCAUCUUUUUCUUUUUGUCUGUGAAGUAAUCAGAGGAAUUCGUUUCUGGGUUUUGUUGGGUCAUGGCUUAAGCUUAAUGCAAUGAAGAUUACUGGAAAACCCAACAUACCAGCGACAUUUUCGGGGAAGAAACCGUCGGACGCGGAUCUCGAGCCGAGGAGACGGAGGAAGGCUCGGAACUCGAGCUUGACCCGGGGGAAGCGGGUGGGGAGGCGGAGCCGACCCGACACUCCUUUGUUGAAAUGGAAGGUCGAGGAUAGGGAAAGGGAGAAGGAAAUGAGUGGGGGUGUUGAGCAGGAGGGGGAUGAAGGGAGUGGGUGGAGAGGGAGUCGGGGUGGGAAACGGAGGAAUGGGGCUCUGAAAGUAUCGGCGAGAAAGCUUGCUGCUGGACUGUGGAGGCUGCAGCUUACUGAGAGGGUCGCAGUCGGUGGAGGAAAGAGGAGGAGACGUCGGUUAGGGUUUCAGCCUGAUAAGGUGUAUCAGGGUCUUCCAUUUCUUUACAAUCACCAAGACAGAUUAUAUGAUUCUGAAGAACAGGAUACAUUACACAGCCCUGGUUCUGUUUCUGGAUCAAAGAAUGGACUCCUUUGCAAGGUUGAACCUUCGAUACAGUUUUCAAACUCUGCAAUGGAGGGGGUGACAAAGUGGGAUCCUGUCUGCCUGAAAACAACAGAUGAGGUACGCCAGAUAUACAGCCGCAUGAAGCAUAUUGACCAACAAGUAAGUGCUGUCUCAAUAGUUUCCGCUCUCGAGGCUGAACUAGAGCUAGCUCAAACUCGCAUUGAGGAGCUUGAGACUGAGCAUCGUUCCUCCAAGAAGAAGCUUGAACAUUUCUUGAGGAAAGUGAACGAGGAAAGGGCUGCAUGGCGUAGUAGAGAGCAUGAGAAAAUCCGUGCAUUCGUUGAUGACGUCAAAAGUGACUUGAAACGAGAGAAGAAAAAUCGCCAAAGGCUUGAAAUCAUCAAUUCCAAAUUGGUUAAUGAGCUUGCGGACGCCAAGUUAUCAGCAAAGAGAUAUAUGCAGGAUUAUGAAAAAGAAAGGAAGGCUAGAGAAUUGAUUGAAGAAGUAUGUGAUGAGCUUGCUAAGGAAAUUGGGGAAGACAAGGCUGAAGUGGAAGCAUUGAAGAGAGACUCCACAAAAUUCCGAGAGGAAGUGGAAGAGGAAAGAAAGAUGUUACAGAUGGCUGAGGUCUGGCGGGAGGAGCGUGUUCAAAUGAAGUUGGUUGAUGCAAAGGUGGUGCUUGAAGAAAAGUAUUCUCAGAUGAUCAAGCUUGUGACAGAUUUGAAUACUUUUCUAAGGUCAAGAGGUGCCAACCCAGAUGUGAAUGAUAUGAGAGAAGCAGAAUCGCUUAGGCAGGCUGCUGCAUCAGUUAAUGUCCAAGAUGUCAAAGAAUUCACAUAUGAACCCCCCAACCCAGAUGACAUUCUUUCUGUUUUUGAAGAUCUGAAUUUAGCCAAAGGCAAUGAGAGGGAAAUUGAACCUUGUGUUGCUUAUGGUCUCACUAGUCAUGCCUCAAAAGUUCAUACAGUGAGCCCUAAAGUCCAAAUGAUUAACAGAGCCAACAUUAAAAGAAAUGUGAAUGCAUAUAAUGGUCAUGAUGAUGACAUAGAAGAAGAUGAGAGUGGCUGGGAAACUGUGAGUCAUCUUGAGGAUCAGGGCUCAAGUUGUUCACCGGAUGGGAGUGCUGCAUCUGUAAACAAGAAUUGCCGGGACAUCAAUGUCUCAGGGAGUGGAAUGGAAUGGGAAGAAAAUGGGUGUGGAGAAAGUCCUAUUUCAGAAAUCAGCGAAGUUUGUUCUGUUCCAGCUAGACAGUUGAAGAAGGUUUCAUCCAUUGCAAGACUUUGGAGGUCAUGUUCAAAUAAUGGAGAGAAUUACAAAAUAGUCUCAGUGGAUGGGGCAUAUGGCAGGCUUUCAAAUGGAAGAAAGUCCAAUGUGAGUCUCACAUCCCUAGAUCAAGGAUCAAGUAAAGGUGGGUUUAGCCCUCUGGAUUUAAUGGGGCAAUGGAGUUCACCUGAAUCUGGUCAUCCUCACAUAACGCGAGGUAUGAAGGGUUGCAUUGAAUGGCAUCGUGGUGCACAAAAGAAUAGUUUGAAGGCAAGACUUUUGGAGGCAAGGAUGGAAAGUCAGAAAGUCCAGUUGCGCCAUGUUCUUAAUCAGAAGAUAUAGGAGUAGAUAGUAGAUAUUGUUGGAUGGCCAAGCAUAUUUGUCUCGCUGGAUAUGCCUGAUAGAAAGUAAGUGGUUUAUAUGUGAAAACUUGAGGAAACCCUUUUGCUGCUACUUAAAACCACUUAAAGUUGCAGGAGCUUGAGAGUACGGAUAAAAUGAUCGGUCUGAUGGAUUUAAUCAUUCUCUGGUUUUCCAAUUUUGCUCCUAUAACCAUACCAAGAUUUUGGCAUACCAAGAGUUUUGUGUUCCCAUGUUGCCAAAAUCUUGGUAAUAAUGUUCUUUGAUGGAAUGGUUAGUUUAUCUUGUCAUCUUUAGCUGUAAUUUAUCUGGAGGCUCAAUCACUCCCUUUGUAAUCAAAGAAACAAAUUCAUGAUAGACUAGAACGAUUAGAUACAAUUCUGCUUUGUAAUAUUGUACUUUUCUUAGGAAAUGUCUUAAAAGUUCUUAUUAAUCCUCUCUCACCUUUAUGUGCUGGGACUUGUUGGAUGAAAUGAUUUUUUUAUUUCAUGAUCUUUAUCAAUCAACCAUUGGACAUCAA